ACGGAAGAUGCAGGGCGCCCGAGACCUGACAGGACUCCUAAUUGAGGAGCUAGCAUCUCUUGGUCUGACUGAUUUCGACCAACUGCUCGCCUUGUACAUUAAUGGCACGGGUUGCAGUGACCUUGGGUGCGCAGCCAUACUUAAGGUGUUUGCUCUCGCCGUCCGCCUACUUCUAACCGUUCCACCGUCUGCCUCAUGUGGAUCUGUGCCUUCCGCGAACCUGCCCUACCACAAUCAACACAUCUCGGAUCAACCCACAACGUCAUCAGAGCUGCAUGUGCCAUCACUGCCAUCAGUCUAUCGCAUCUCGGAUCAUCAGUGGACAACCCCAUCGCCAGGAACAUCAUCCGCUGCUGCUACAAAACGCGUGCGCUCAUCGCCACCACUCUGUGGGCCCGGUAGCUGCGCGACAGUGCAGUCUACUAAUCCGCUGCUUUUCAUGAUGCAGGAGAUGUACGGCGACGUGCUGUUCAAGUGUCCGGUGUUGUACUUCUCCGAGUACUUGAGCUCUCUCAGCCACACCGUCUUCUCCUACUAUCUGGACUACGACUCUCGGGCAAGCAAUGAACCAGAUCAAACUCCCCACGACGAUCUUGCCAUGCUCUUCGGAGAGCCACUGAGUGGCGUUUCUACAAACGCAGGCAGGAACCUGAGCCGCAAGCUGAUUGACAUCAUCAGUGGCUUCGCCAAAAAUGGACAACUGCCGCAUGCCAGCGACGCUGCUUGGCCCCAGUUCUCUUCCCCUGACACCCAGAACUGCAACGUCGUGAUUGGACACAUGGAGAACAAGCUGGUCACCGACACGAGGACGGGAAAGUGCAGCCUCCUGCGCAGGUUCAUACUCCCUGCGGACUUCCAUCGAGAGGCUGACGGGGGAUAGCGCAUGUUCGCUACUCUGAUGGCGCCAGCAGGUGGCGCGGGCUGCUACUUUGGAGCUAGUGUGUGUUUGCGCCACGUCGUUCGAGCGCAGUGCUCCGUAAUAAGUUGCUGACUGUUUACUAUCCUUCGGCACAGCUUGUCGCGUAUGGCACCAUUUCAAUAUGUUAGCGCUCUGUUAUGAAACAUGGAUCUAAUGCGGGCUACUCGCAAACGUAUAUGCUCCAUUUUUUCUGGAACUGUGCAUUGCGCUAAACGAAUUAGCUUUUUCUUUGUUGGCACGGUUAUAUAGUGCCUAAAUACCCAAUGUAUUUCGAACCUGAGUUGAUGUAGUACGAGACCGCAUCUCACUCUUCUCUGCUCGACCAUCGGCCACUUCCAUUUCGAGACGUCGGCUCUAACGUCGACAAGCGUGGUCACUUUCACCCAUUUGGUGCGCCUUGCGAGAAAUGGCAAUGCGGACGAAGAUGAACAGCUGAGAAACCGUGCCAUUGAAGAACAAAAGGAUCCACACCAGUUUAUCAUUUCCGUAUUAGCUUCCAGAAAUGUAUAGUUUCCUGAAAACACUUCCGAGACAGUGAAGCGCAUGAGAAAUCGACGCUCAAAAUUGCGAGUUGCCCCUCUCUCAUGCGUCGUGCGUUUUGGC